UCCCAGAGGCAUUACGUCAGGCUGGAGGAGUUUAACGCUGCCUUCAGGGACAUCUCGUACAUUUGUCAAUGAUGACCUAUCACACAGCAUAGUCCUUGUUGGAGAACAUAAGAAAGUCUUUGUGAUAAACAGUGUGAUAUAGAUACAGAUCAUACGAUGUUUAUAGUCGAAUGUGAAUGUGUCGGGCUUGCGGACAUUUGGAGGAAACCACAGGAGCAGCAUUGAGGCAUUAUGUGUGUUCUCAGUUGUUUUCUGUAUGUUUGAAGAAGUGCUCGCUAUUGAGUUCAAUUCUAUUGUCUUCGGCUGCAACGCUGCUUUAUAGUGGUGAAAAGAUAAAGAGGGAAUCUUCAGUUUUGGGUUGAACCAUCCCUUCAGUCCUGCGGCGUUCCCUCGGGUGCUGGUAUGUCCCAGGGCCGUGAAGGCAGCAGCGCGCUGGGGGCGGGGUUUAGCUGCACCGGAGAUGACAGUGGAGGCGCUCCGAGCAGCGCCUCCUCCAUCUCCUCCUCCUCCUUCACCGGGGAUCACUGCUCACUCUGCCCGGGACAAACACCCUCACACACCGGGGACAUGUCGCCGCCAUUACCGUGACCGACGCCCGGGGCUCCGCAGGGCAUCCAUGGUCUCUUUCCCGGGGAUGCACGCCGAGGCUCGCAGCCUGAAGCCGGGUCCUCUGCCGGAGAUGUUCGACUCCUCCUGGAAGGUCCGGAGCAUUUGGGACGGGGUGAGGCUGGAGGUGGUGGAGGACCGCAGCCCGGUGGUCCUGCACAGCUUCACCCACCUGGACCCGGACCUGCCGCUGCUGGAGAGCUCGACGCAGGAGAUCGGUGAGGAGGCCGAGGACGACGCCAUCUUCACCAUCACGCUGAGGAAGGUGCAGCUUCACCAGUCGGCCAGCAAGGGGCAGCGAUGGCUGGGCGUGGACACGGACUCCGCCCUGAGCCUCUACGAGACCUGCAAGGUGCGCACCAUCAAGGCCGGCACACUGGAGAGGCUGGUGGAGUACAUGGUGUCGGCGUUCAGGGGCAAAGACUCCACCUACGUCACCAUCUUCCUCUGCACCUACCGCUCCUUUGCCUCCACCAAGCAGGUGCUGGAUCUCCUGCUCAACAGGUAUGCCAAGCUCCAGAACGUGCCUGCAGCCACAGCACACAGAGUCUCCCAGGACGACUGCACAGAGCUGAGAAACACGGUCUCGUCCAUCCUGGGCGCUUGGCUGGACCAGUACUCCGAGGACUUCUGGACUCCUCCCAACUACGACUGCCUGCACCAGCUGCUGUCCUACCUUCACCACCACUUCGCCGGCUCGGACCUGGAGCGCCGCGGCCGCAACCUGGUGGCCCACUUCCACCGGCGACAGCAGUGUGAGCCUGACGCUGAUGGGGAUCACAUCGGCUGCCCGUUCGCCACGCAGGAAGAGAGCGGCUUCGAGGACGAGAUCCCUGCUUUCAGUUUCCUGUCGUUCGACCCCAUCAUGGUCGCAGAGCAGUUCACGUUAAUGGACGCGGAUCUGUUUAAGAAGGUGGUGCCCUACCACUGUCUGGGCGGCAUCUGGUCUCAGCGGGAUAAGAAGGGGAAGGAGCACCUGGCUCCCACCAUCAGAGCCACCGUGGCCCAGUUCAACUCCGUCACUAACUGCGUCAUCACCACCUGCCUGAGCAACCCGACGCUGAAGCCCAACCAGAGAGCGCGGCUGCUGGAGCGGUGGAUCGACGUGGCUCGGGAAUGUCGGAUCCUGAAGAACUUCUCGUCGCUGCGUGCCAUCCUCUCCGCCCUGCAGUGCAACGCCAUCCACCGCCUGAAGAGGACCUGGGAGGAAGUGUCGCGAGAAAGCUUCCGCACCUUCCGCGAGCUGUCGGAGAUCUUCUCAGACGACAACAACUACUCCCUCAGUCGGGAGCUGCUGGUGAAGGAGGGCACUUCUAAGUUUGCAACGUUGGAGAUCAACCCCAAGCGAGCUCAGAGGAGACACCAGCAGCAGAGAGACCUGGGGGUGAUGCAGGGGACCAUUCCGUACCUGGGGACCUUCCUGACCGACCUGGUGAUGAUGGACACUGCCAUGAAGGACUACACUGAGGGUGGUCUCAUUAACUUUGAGAAGAGAAGAAAGGAGUUCGAGGUGAUCGCUCAGAUCAAGCUGCUUCAGUUGGCCUCCAACAACUACAGCUUCACUCAGGACAGCCACUUCAGAGAGUGGUUCGCAUGCGUGGAGAAGCUCAGCGAGGCCGAGAGCUACAACCUGUCCUGUGAGAUCGAGCCUCUGUCGGAGUCGGCCAGCAACACGCUCAGGGCCAAGAAGAACGGAGGAAUCAUGAAGCGCUGGAGCGAUCGUCAGCUGACCGAGGCCGGCUGCAGCGGCGCCGCAGGCUCUCACUCCAAGUCCUUCGACCAGUCGCACUACAGACCGUACCAGGGAGGCGGGGGGGACAGCGGCGAUGCGCUCAGCGUCACCUCCGUCAGCUCCAGUGGCUCGGACCUGGAGGACGUGAACCCCAGCUUCUUGUCCGACUCCCCUGAGGGACACGAGAGGAAGACGUCGACUCCUUCGGUGAAACUCACCGUCUCCGCUCUGGGGAGAGAAGCUCCAGCAGCAGAAACUACGUCAACGUUCUGGGAGUGUACGUCUCUGUCGUCUCUGGAAACGUCCGGGAUGGGCUCCAGCUCCGGCUCGGCCUCCGGCUCCAGCAGCGCCUCCUCCUCCUCUGUCUCCUCGUCAACGCCGCUGUCGGCGAACCGCUCACACAAGCGCUCGGUGUCGGCCGUGUCCAACUACUCCACGCUGUCGCUGCCGCUGUACAACCAGCAGGUGGACGACUGCUGCAUCAUCAGGGUCAGUCUGGACGUGGAGAACGGCAACUUGUACAAGAGCAUCCUGGUCACGAGUCAAGACAAGACUCCGGCCGUCAUCAGGAAGGCGAUGAUCAAACACAACCUGGAGCGGGAGAAGUCCGAGGACUACGAGCUGAUGCAGAAGAUCUCUGAGGACAAAGAGCUGCGGAUCCCGGACAACGCCAACGUUUUCUACGCCAUGAACUCCACUGCCAACUACGACUUUGUGCUGAAGAAGCGCGGCUUGGCUCGGCCGGUGCGAGCCAAGAACGUGGCCAGUUCGACGCUGCCGCGCAUGAAGCAGAAGGGACUGAAAAUCGCGAAGGGGAUCUUCUGAGGCGACGGGCGCAGCUUUCUGUCUCCCUCCCUCACCCCCCCGAACCCUCUCUGCUCGCCGCUCCUCAGAGGAAACAUUUGUGUUUCGCGUCUGCCGGAGGGAAACCAGCCCGAAGUAUCUGAGUUUUCGGUUUGGACAAAGACUUGAGAUCACCGAGGAGAAAACGACCACGCCGCCUUUCUGCGGAUGAGCAGGACGCAGAGGAAACGCCUUCGCUCUCGGUGACGGCCGCCGCGGCAUCGGGACGCUCCGAGGAUUUGAAGUGAGCGACGUCGCUCGCAGGACACACCCACGCAGGACACGCCCACGCACAAGCUGUUUCUGACGUUUGUGUGAAAACAAACAGCUGCGUUGGAGUCGUGUGCUGCCGCUCGGUGGCUCAACUUGUCCGCCCCCCCGCCCAGGGCUCUGGUUUGCGUCGGCUCGUGGAAAAGCAGAUUCAUUUCAUUCAUUUCUGUUUACAUUUGUUUACAUUUGAACAUCACCUGGUCAGCUCUUAAGAUUUUUUUUCCUCCCUCGAGAGGAUUUUUUUGCACCUUCACUUAAACACUUUUUAAUCCCUCGACAGCCUUUACCCCGUGUUUUCCUCCACGGUCGUCAAGUGCGCCCCCUCCUGGCGUGGAGUGUACAUAAAUGAACAAAACGAAGCCACAGCGGCUAAACGCAGAUGUGUGUUUCCGCUGGGUGUUCGAAUGUGUUUCUAUUUUUUCAGGGACCUUUUAUCAUGAGUGUACCGCCGCCUUUACCGUCCCGUCCCCCCGUCCCCCCCUCCCAGUCCCUGAUGUGGACAGUGAUUCUGGGACCGCAACACUGAACGUUUGUCCCUCGGACUCCGGGACUCACGUCCGGAUUUCCACACCAGCGACACUGACGAGGGGGAACCUGAGCUCUUAACCUCUGAACGCUGCCAUGUUACAAAAACAAAGAAACGACAGGUGGAGACGUAGACAGUGUCAAAGUGCAGCCCAGUGGGCAACAGCCAUGAAUCCCAUGUUUCUGUGUUUGUUUUUAAUGAAUCGUAACCACUACAGUGAGAAGGGAAGCGAUUCUGAGAGAAGAGCAAACGAGCUGAAAACAACUAAACGUACACAAAGUGUAAAUAUCCAUUAACACCGACUGUGCAGUAUCUUCUUUUCAAGUGGACCAUGAGAUUUUGUUUAUAGACUCAUUCACACAAUAUCAACACUAUUUGGAUUUGGCUUUGUACAUUUUGUUUUAUUGCAUCUUGCUCUGGUGCUUCUGAUCAUCUUUCUGAAGAGGUCGCUGCUUCCUCUGCUUCCUGACGCCGGCCGCCAUGUUGGAAGAAAUUUCUCUCAAACACACAGUCAGGAAAUUGAUCUAAAUCCAUUUAACAAUAUCUUUUGAGUAUUUGUCAUUUUUCAAGUAAAGCUUCAAAAAUUCAUUGGAUAACAGUUGUGAGGAUUUUCUACUUUUCUGUUUCUUUGUGUUUUGUACGACAAAAGACAAAAAAAAUCUACAAUAUGAGACAAAGUCAGAAUGUUAAUAUUUUGAUUUACAAUCUCAUAGUUUUAAUAUAACUUUUUAUGUCAGAAAAAAACUGAAGAUUCUGUUUCAUUACCUUAAAGUCUUAGUCAUAAUAAAUAUAAUAUUGCAUAAAAUAAAUAAAGUAAUGAUAAUUGUGUGUUUUUGCUUGAAAAAUGAUCCAAACCAUUUCCAGACAACCAUUAAAAAUACUUGUUGAAUGAUUUGAGUGUUAGCGGCAGUGCAGGCCGGUCGAGGUGAAUCAAACCUGAGCUGUAACAUCAUCAUCUACUGCACAAGACAAACUUUUGAAUACGCAAGAUAGUUAUUACAGAAUGAAUAAAAACAUCAAGUCAACCAGGAUCCUCAAUCAGAUAAUAUUGUUGUAGCUCUUCCAACAUGGCGGCUCGUCCUUCAUAUUCAAUCUUAACCACUUUCUAAAUGUGCCAUGACAGGCCUGUGUGUUUCAGAAGCUCCCGACACGUCCUGCUGAUUUAUCCUGCAGGAGGUUUCACCGCGUGUCGCUGUGGUUAACGUAUGGUGAUGACGGGGGAGUCUCUCCUCUCUGGGCUCCGACUCUCAGCCGGUGAGGAAAAGAUUGGAUUUUGAUGAAUCGUGACUGUAAAAUGAGUCAAAAAUGCAGAGAAGCUCUUUAGAUGGUUGAGUUUUGAUGGAGACUUUGUGUCCGAGCCGAGAUUAACGAUGACGAUGCUUCCAAACCGCACACGAGGGAACAAACUCCCUCAUUGUCUCUGUGCUGCUCUCAAGCUGCUUCUCUUAAAGGAAAAAUCCAACCUGAAAACAUCUAAGCACUGUUUAAAGAAAUCAUCUGGGAUGUGCUUUCCAUUCAGAUUCAGAUACGUUUCAUUCUCAUGGAUCGUUGUUGUUGGGACUUUUUUUCUGGAUUUUAUCUGCUCGCUCACAACAGUCAUUUAGGAAAAGAUCUGGUUUUUAAUAUGAUUAAAUAAACCCCAGCUCCUCUUAUUGGCUGUUCAGCUCCGCACAAACAUACUGGGUGAGAACUUUGUCGGUUUUAUAAUGAUAAUGUAAUAAUCAUGUUUAUUCAUUGAGCACUUUUCACGUUGCCGAGGGAAACAAAGAGAAAUCUAAAUUAUUAUGAGAGAUGAAGGAUAAACGGAAGAAGUUAUACAAAAUUUAAGUAAAACUCGAAUUGAACCAGGAUCGUCUCCUUGAUGAAAGUUUGUUGAAAUAAAGAAGAAUUUCAAAGAC